GGGACAAACUUCACUAUAUUCGAUUGUUUAUUGCCUUAUUGCCUAGGGCUCUAUGAGAUUAAUAUUUACAUGACAAUUUCGUGAAUCGAAUAGUUAUUCGCGUAGGAGAAACCAUAGCUCGUCAGCAAGUAUUAGUUUGAUGUUAUAGUAGAAAGCUGACAAGCUUCUUUUCCAACAAAGAUGGUAUUAACUAAGGAAUAUCGUAUAUGCAUGCCGCUUACCACGGAAGAGUAUCAUAUAGGCCAACUUUACAUGAUUGCAAGACAUAGUCAUGAGCAAUCGGAUAACGACGAAGGAGUAGAAGUGGUUGAAAACGUAGAAUGCGAUCACCCUGAACAUGGAAAGGGUCAAUACACAGAGAAAAGAAUUCAUUUAUCUAGUAAAUUACCUUAUUGGAUACAAUCGGUUCUUCCACGAAUAUUUUACGUAACAGAGAAAGCGUGGAAUUAUUAUCCUUUUACUAUAACAGAAUACACUUGUUCCUUUAUUCCAAAAUUUCAUAUAUCCAUAAGAACUCGAUACAAAGAUGACAAUGGAUGUACAGAAAAUUGUUUAGGUCUUUCUCCCAUCGAAGUUCUGCAUCGCGAGGUCGACUAUCUGGACAUAGCAUACGAUGAAAUUUCUGCAAAGCAUUACAAAGAGGAAGAGGAUCCAAAAUUUUUUCAAUCUAAGCGAACUGGUCGUGGACCAUUGGUAGAAGGAUGGAGGGAAACAACGCAACCGAUAAUGUGUUCCUAUAAAUUAAUCCAUGCCUCUUUCGAAGUUUGGGGCAUGCAAACACGAGUGGAAGACUUCAUUCAUAGAUGUAUAAGGGAUAUUUUAUUAUUGGGCCAUCGGCAAGCAUUCGCAUGGAUCGACGAAUGGUACGAUAUGACGUUGGAGGAUGUUCGGAGGUUCGAGCAAAAGAUGCAGGCUGAGACUAACGAGAAAGUACGUCUCAGAAAUAUGACCAGUGAAAAACCAUCGGCUCCUACCACGCCAACUUCGUCGAUACCAUCAUCGCCAUUACCUAAAUCACCUACAUCGCCUACACAGUCUAAUCGGUCAUGGUUUUCUUGGUCAUAGCCGCAAUUCUAAAGGAAUAAGAUUAGCUACCGUGCUAAUCUGUCUAGGGAACCUAAUUAAAUUUGUGCAAAAGACGCCCGGCAUUUUCGAUUCUGUGUGUAUAUAUGUGUGUGUAUCCACAUUAUAGCCAGAAGGUAUCUGUAACCCGAACACAUUCUUAAAACUUGGAGUUUGAAUCAUAGAACUCGGAGUUUUAACAUUAAGAACUGCUGCAUUUGCUUUAGAUUCUUUUUUUUUUUCAUGAAAGAUCGUUAACAAAAAAAUAUUGAUUAUUUAUAUCAUGUUAAAUAUUUUAAUAAUUUAAUUAAUUUAUGGUACUAAGCAUAAAGUUGGUUGCAAGUAAUAUUUAAAAAAAAGAAACUGACAUAAAUUUCAUGUGUUGCAGAUUCUUGAUUUGGUUAAUUGUUCUUGGAAUUAUAGGUAGUUCAUUUGUUAGGUUAUUAGUGCAUUGAUUGUACGUAAACUUAUGUUGCUGAAAUAGUUAUAGAAAUAAAAGGUUGAAUGUAAUAUAGCAUUAGUGACACUUGUACCUAGUCAGGGUAAACAUUGUAAAGCAUUUACAAACAAUGGAUGCAUUAAUUUAUUGAUACAGCCACUGCCUUAAAUUGGCUCGAUGUAUGAAACGCUAUAAAAAAAUAAUAGCAUCCAGCCUAAGGAUCAUUAAAUAUUGUAAAUGCAUUUCUGUGACUGCACAAAGGUAUACAUACUGUUUUUUGAUUAAACUACAAACUCAUGGCACUACUGAA